AUGCACUCCAGUCUUGUGCGCGUACAGAAUGUGUUCGGAUUCUUCACAUCGGUCGCCUUUGCCGUCGCUGGUGCCAUCGCAUUGAGUGUCCUGCUGAGCCCCCAGUCGCCUUCCGCAGCACUUGAGUUGAAGAACAUUCGAGUCGCAAAAGGCCGGCCAUACUACCACAGCACCAAGCGCGAAGAAUACGCGCACGUCACCUUCGACCUCGACGCCGACCUCUCCUCCCUCUUCAACUGGAAUACGAAACAAAUAUUCCUCUACGUCGUCGCUUCAUAUCCCUCGAAAUCUCCAUCUACGAUCCCACGAUCCGAAGCCGUGGUUUGGGACGCCAUCAUCCCCUCCGACUACGCCCCGCUACAUGUCAAUACCUAUAUCCACCCCGCACCCAAAACUGCGUCGUCAAAGGACAAGCUCAAGGCAAAGAGAGUAGCGAAGCCGUACCCACCAGGAAAAGAGCCUGGUAUCGUAAGGCUCAAGGACCAGAGGCCGAAAUACCAGAUCACAGAUGCGACUGGAAAGAUCGCAGAGCGUGGGAAUGCGACACUGACGCUGCAUUGGAACGUGCAACCUUGGGUAGGUCUGUUGACAUGGACAAACACGAAUACCUAUGGACGGUGGGAGGGCUUGAAGGGAGGCAAGACGGAACCGUUUGCAUUCCCUGAACUGAAAGUAAGCGAAAAAGCCAAGAAGGAGGACCUCAAGACUGAAAAGGGAGCCGAAGCUUAUCGUCUACACGUGGGAUGA